AUGGGCCACCACAAUAUUCGGUUUGACGGCGAUGCCCAUUCCCUCGGGGGAGCCUGGAGCCCGCCAACCAGCAGAGCAAAUUUCUGCGAAGAGGACUACGCCUUGACGCUCUACGUGGCCGAGUUUAUCAACUCGCUGACGAACCUCGCCUAUGUCCAUCUCGCGCUCCGAUACAUGUACGGCCCAGGCAGCGCCGGCUUGCUCGCCCCCAAGAUUGACUUCAUGUCCGCGUCUCUCUUCGUCCUGGGCAUUGGAUCCUUCCUGUUCCACGCCAGUCUCCGCCAGACGCUCGAGUUUGCCGACGAGUUCUCCAUGCUCGGCCUGACCUGGGCCAUGCUCCAGGCCACCCUCACAACAGGCCAGUCUCGGACAAAAUCUCGCCUCGUAUCCACCGGCCUUGCCGUGUGCUUUGCAUCUUUUGCCAUCUUUUACCUGCAGUCGCCGAAAAUCAUUUACCAGGUCAUCGCCUUUGUCGCAUGCGUAUUUGUACUCAUCCUGCGAGCUCAGUACUUGCUCUACUGGCUACAACCGGCGCUGCCAGAAGUCAAGCGCCGUGACUGGAAUAAGAGGACUUGGAACGCAGUCUUUCUCUGUGUGCUUGGGUAUUUUCUCUGGAACAUCGACCUAGAGUACUGCGCCGCCCUCAGGAGCAUUAGGCAACAGCUUGGGCUGCCGUGGGCUUGGCUGUUUGAGCUUCAUGGAUGGUGGCACGUCCUGACGGCCAUUGGCGCCGCUCAGUGUAUGAAUGUGGCAAGAGAGGUGCGCCAAGAGGUGGAACGCGGGCAGAAGAGGGAAUAA